GAGAAGAAAACAACGAAGUGAAGAACCUUCACUAAUAAUUAUUGCUGAAGAAGAUGAAUGGCGAUAUAAGAAACGAGUUGAUCCACUCACAAGGUGGUAUCUUUCAAAAGCCGCCACCAAUCAAGUACUACAAUCCUGUGGCUGUGCAUCUGAAGAAGAUAGACUACAGUGGUUUCUGUGAGUGCAGAAUAGAAGCAUGGUCCGAGCAAUUUCAUACAACGGUGUUGCUAACCAUCAUCAUCACAUUUCUUGGAACAUUUUUGUUGAUGUAUCUCUGGGCUGAUCGUAUAUUUGAACGAAAAAAAGCUCCGGAAGAUGAGGAUAAUAAGUGAACUUACAACUCUCUAUUACUCCAAGGUGAAAUGUAGUAUUACACAUGA